AUGUGCAAAGGGCAAAGGAAAGGUACAAAAAGAAAGCCUAAAGGGAAAGGCAAAGGCAGUCAGUCUGCCCGUAAGGCUCAAAAGCCCUAUAUGUGUUCAGAGUGUGGAAAAUGCUUUUUAAAAAAGGACCGUCUGGAGGCCCAUUGCACACGAUUUCAUACUGGAGAGAAGCCAUAUUGUUGUUCUGAAUGUGGUAAGCAGUUCACUUGCAAGAGCCAAUUUCAAACACAUUCUCGAACUCACACCGGAGAGAAGCCGUAUGGCUGUACUGAAUGUGGGAAGCGUUUCAAUAUCAAGGGCCAUCUUCACAGGCACUCUCGCGUUCACACCGGGGAGAAGCCGUAUUGCUGUGGUGUGUGUGGGAAACGAUUCUCUGACAGGCGCACUUUGGAAAGUCAUUCUACAGCUCACACGGGAGAGAAGCCGUAUGCCUGUACCGAAUGUGGAAAACGAUUCUCUUACAGAUGCAGUCUUCAGAAACACUCUUUGAUUCACAGCGGCGAGAAACCAUAUUGCUGUUUUGAAUGUGGGAAAAGCUUCGGUCAAGGAAAUUCUCCCCAAACGAGCGACCUGCGGAGACACUCUGCGAUUCACCUUGGCGAGAAGUCGCACAGCUGUUCAGAAUGUGGCAAAAAGUUCUUUUUCAAGAGCAGCCUUCAGACCCACCUAAAGGUUCACACCGGAGAGGACCUCUAUUUCUGCUCCGAAUGUUCUCCACGACAGGCGAGCGCGAGACACUCCUCAGUUCACACCGGAGAGAACCGCUUUGGCUGCACUGAAUGUGGCAAACAUUUCUAUCGGCAAAGCAGCCUUCAGAAGCAUUCCCUACUUCACACGGAGAAGCCAUACUGCUGUUCUGAAUGUAACAAACGAUACUCGCGAAUGAACCAGCUUGAGGCCCACAAGAGAACCCAUGCCAGAGAGAAGUCCUCAGACCCCUAA